AUGCCUCAUAUUUAGUAUCAUUAACCAAAUUAGUAAAGAACUGGAAGAGAAAGCACGCCUUUUGCUUAGGAAGGGUAUAAUAGCCCUCUGAAUUAUGGGACUAAUCUGAGUGAUCAAUCUUUUGAGAAUUUGGAAAGAGUUCGCAACAUAAGAUAACUGAGAUCAAGGUCAUCAUCAAUCAGAAAUUCAAUAAUAAAUGACAUAGAAGUAGACAAGGGAAUCGAUGAUAACUCAUCGGCUAUGAGAAUAUACUCCCUCAAGAUGAAAUAGAAGAAUUAGUAGGAAAAUGAUGAUUACAUAAUGUUCAUGUCUCUCCUAUCUCUUAUCAUAUUUGAACUAUUAGGUGUAUUGAAACUGAAAAAAAUAUUGGAUUGGUACUGGGUCUUCAUAAUUAUCCCUCUUGAGAUAUCAUUAUUCCUAAUUACUCUGAUCAUUCUGAGGCAUUCUAGACAUCUGCUGAAUAUUCACGUGAAAAAUAAGUAUUGGUACUAUGCUUUUAUGGCUUUAAAGAUAUUGACUCUUAAAACUCUCAUUGGCUUGUUUAGUCUAGCUGCUCUAGUUGAGUUAUUCCCUUUUAUUAUGAAGGAGGCAGAUAUUGCUGCAACAGUGACACUAGUUCUUGCUUUGAUUUGGCUUGGAGUUAUCCUAUUUUAUUAUCAAAAGAUAGAAAGUUACUCUCAAAGAUUGCCCAAUAUGCUCAUUCAAAAUAUGGUACUGCUGAUCGCAUUCUUUGUUAAUUUGACUGUGCACCUUAAUUAUGCAUAGGAUUUUUCCAACUAUCUUAUUAUGCUUUCUCCAUUGAUGGCUGAUUUCGUCCUGAAUAUUUUGACUAUAAACUUCUAUGGCAAAGGCAGAAAGCUUACAAAAUCUGAAGAUGCAGAGAUUUUAGUAAACAUGAUGCUUCUAAUAGGGUGUGGUUGGGCUUACGCUAUUCUUGAGGGAAUAUUUCCUUAAGUAUUUAACUUGGAGUAUAUGCUAGUUUACAUGAUCAUAAUAGAGAUAUACUUCUUUACUCUCGGCAUGGGACUCAACGAGAUAUUUUACGAUGAUGUAUGA